CCUGGAAAUUGAGAAAUUAUCUAUUGUUUGUGAAAAGCAAUUCAUUAGAUAAUGAAGCCUAACGUGAAAUGACAAUAAUAUUUUUAAAAAUAUAAUUUUAGGCAUGGUGCACUCAGGAGAAGAGCUUUUGGCCAUAGCCAGAAGAAAAUUACAAGUGCUAAAAUGCAACAAGCAACUAAACAAUCGUCCUUACCAGGAAGUCUGCCAAAAUAUUGCUCGAAAGAUUUACUUCGAGUUAGGUCAGCCAUUUGAAAGCGACGAGUCAUUGAGAAAAUUACCCGAGCAAAUACAUCCACUUGUGCUGGAGGAGGUGGAAAAAAUUGUGUGUGCGGACGAGAACAGGAAUGAAAAGACGCUAACUGCAAUUUUGUCUGUUCUUCACCUGCUGCUCUCGCCCAAGACGAAAAGCUUCCAGGUCGGAUGGUUGACAUCUUGCAGUCGGCCAGACACGAUAGAUUCUUGCCAACUUAGGGUAAUAAAUAUACUGGCAGCUUCCGCCCCUAACUUGAAGUCGCUGACGCUCGAUGACUCAACUGGAGUAAAGCCGCUUUCACGAUUCCCGUUAAUCACAAAGGAGAUUAUAUCUGCUAUCUUGCAAAUCAAAACAUUAAAAUCGCUGAGCACAGGUCGCUUCUUUAUCGUUGACGAUCAUCUGAUUAAGAUUUGCAAAAAGUUGAAUUUUCUUCAUUGCCUUCAAGCUAAUAUUAUUUUUAAAGAUAAGUCAAGUUUGUCAAAGCUGGUAAAAACAAUGCGGGACAACCUGAAGCAUCUGAAGGAUUUUCGCUUUGAUCGGAUUGCGGUGAAAGACGGAAAAGAACUAAAAGAUGACUAUCAAGUUUUCCCCAAAGAGCUCGUGAAAUGCUGUCUAAAGCAUAUUCCACGUCUCCAGAUCGUCAAGAGCUUGGUAACUGACCCGAAAUCUCAGGCAAUGAACUUUUUGGAUUCAAUAAAGGGGCCGUCCAAUCUGUGCCACGUGCAUUUGAGUAAUGGUUCCUCGUUAAAAGGUUUGAUUUUGCUUCCACGAGUCACCCACUUCAAAAUGACUUGGGAUGCAAGCCCAAGCUUCAUUCCCAGGAAAUUGUCAACUAUUCAAAGCCCAUUCUCAUCUACCAACCGUUCUCCAAUGCCUGUGUUCCCGAAUGUUGAGUAUCUUCACUUAGAAGGUCUCUCUCUGUCUCUGAAUCUCCUCCGAUUUGCAAUACAGUACGGCAAAACCCUUCACACACUAAUCGUGGACGCACGUGCAGGAUCAAAUUUGACUGUUAACCUUAACGACCUGUCAAUUCAUUGCCCAAAUGUGCAGUCGCUUCAUCUCGGUGGGAUUGAACUGUCUGCUGACUCUAUCAUUAAUUCGUUUCCCCACUUGAAACACCUAAAGCUCAUUCUCUUGAACAGAAACGCCGUGAAGCUGUCAAAUUUUCUGGCAGUGCCAGCACUGAUAAAUGUGGACAUCAGGGCGAUUAGAUUCGACAUUGAAGACGUGAUUACCGUGUCCUCUAAAAUUAAAGCUGGAAAUGUUUUAAUGAGCCUUGAAGCCUUCCGACUUGAAUGCAUGCCAUACGAUACAAUAAAAACAGAUGAAUUCGCAGCAAUUUCUAAUCUGGUGAAGUUAGCGUGUGCCUUCCUGCCAAACAUGCGAGCUAUCCAGUUGGACGUGACCUACUUUCCUCCGAUUCCCAACACGCCCGAAAAAGACAGCAAUGGACCGAUUCCUGCUUCUUUUCGAAAAAAAGCUGCAAUUUUUGAAGCGCUUGGAGAUCGCAAUCUCAUCCUAUUUCUAAUUGAAUUCGGAAUGAGUAGCAAAAAUGACUGGAAUUGUGAUACUUAAAUUGAAAAUUAUUUAAAAUAAAAUUUUUGAAAAUUAUAGCAUUUGUUUGGACAAAUUAGUUUAAUAAAAACAAAAUCAAUUAAGCUACAUAAAUGCAAGUUUAAGCAAUGCAUGUUAUAUUAAACAAAGCAAAAAUAAAUUGUAACUUUUAAUCAGUUCAAGAAUAAAAUCCAGAGAAUAAAAAAAGACAUAUUCGAUAUUGUGUCUUUUCAAAAAUUAUAAAACAGAGUUUUGGGGAAUUCUAUCUUCACUUAUAUGUGCUAGUAACUUCCAACCGGCUCGCUAGUGACUUUAAUUAAUUAUAAUUAUCAAGUAACAAAUUAUUAUUCGCAUUCAUAAUAUUCUAUAAAUAUAUUUUUUUUUUGCUCUUUUUAUCCUUGUCCGUCCGAGGACCGGGAAGGGCGCGCACUGCACUAGCACGAAUGCUGAAACCCGGGUCCCAAUAACACCGCGAACUGAUAACAUGGGCGCACCAGGCCGCACAGGGACCCAGCCCACUCAAGGGCCACUUGCCUCCGCACCGAGGACUGCAUUGAAACGCUAGACAUUCGUCCCGUGAAGCCAAAUCACGCAUGCUGGAAAGGUGCAAACCAGCAAGUAGCGAGUCGGCGCCGGUGCGCCUCCCAGCCCGUUGAGCAAUUCGAGUCACUAAACUAACCACUUUUUGCCAUUUCUGACAUUGGGUAGCCAGUAUUAGAUCUCCGAACUGCUCAAAUACCUCUCAUUGCUUUGACACUCCUGAGAGUGCCUUAACAAUGCGAGCCAACGGGCUGG